GAACGGAAGUGACGCUUAAUGUUAGUUCCACAAUUGCACUUUUGGGGCACCCUGCGCGCUAGCUGCGAUGGCAGAGCCGACCCCCGCGGCGUGGCCUUCAGCCCCGGAGCUGACUCCGGCGCUGGGGACCCCGAGCGAGGCUGCUCCUGCGCGGGACAACUGGGUGUUCUGGGCCAUGCUGCCGCCGCCGCCACCUCCUCUGUCGUUGCUGGCCGCGCGGUCCGAGCCGAGCCAGCCGGGACAGCCCCACGUGCAGACACAGCCUCUCCCCGGAACGCUUCCCCCGUUCGAUGCUCAGAUUCUCCCCGCGGCGCAGCCCCCUUUCGAUGCCCAGGCCCCGCAGGAUGUCCAGCCUCAGUUCGGCGGCCAGCCGGUCUGGAAUUAUCCAAGCUCGACGCCCUGGUACUGGGGGCUGUCUCCUAAUGGUUUUCCCACGUACCACACGCCCUACCACCCUCCCGUUACACAUUCUUAUUAUCCACGAACACAUAAUGCAAAAUUCAGUGACUUCAGUUUUCUUCAAAACAGAAAACAGAGAAAGAAGAAAAAAAAGGAACCGGUUUUCCACUUUUUCUGUGAUACCUGUGAUCGUGGCUUUAAAAAUCAAGAAAAGUAUGACAUACACAUGUCUGAACAUACAAAAUGCCCGGAAGUAGAUUGCUCUUUUAGUGCGCAUGAGAAGAUUGUCCAGUUCCACUGGAAAAAUAUGCAUGCUCCUGGUAUGAAGAAGAUCAAGCUGGACACUCCAGAGGAGAUUGCAAGGUGGAGGGAAGAAAGAAGAAAAAACUACCCAACUUUGGCCAAUAUUGAAAGGAAGAAAAAGUUACAACUCGAAAAGGAGAAAAGAGGAGAAGUGUUGACAACGACACAGUAUGGCAAAAUGAAGGGCAUGUCCAGGCAUUCACAGAUGGCCAAGAUCAGAAGUCCUGGUAAACAUCAUAAAUGGAAAAGUGCUGGGGCUAGACAGAGAGCAGUCAUUGGACUAGGCAAUCGUGCCAGAGAGUCAAAGCCUGAAGCUCCAUCCAAGGUUAUUGUAGACCCUCUCAGUGCUUUGAUACACAGUGACUCUGAGUCUGAUAAGGAAGAGAAACCACAAAGGACUAUAGUGCCUAAGGAGGUGACGCCAGCCUUAUGUUCGCUGAUGAGCAGCUACGGCAGUGUUUCCGGGUCAGAGAGUGAACCAGAAGAUCUAGCUGGCUUCGAACUCACAAAGAUCUGCCUGCCUGGGAUUAAAGAAACGCCCAUCAAGACUGAAGCAGAUGUUCUGCAAGAACAGCAGGUUCUUCAGAGCAGCCCCCCCAAGAGCCCAAGACAAAGUGUCAAAUCUCCUGGCAGAACUGUCUCAAGAGCCAGGUGGGGGGACCACCAGAGGAAUGGUUUCAGAAAGAUAGUCCUGAAGCGGAAAAAGGGUCAUCACCACCCAUUAUUUGAGCCAAGAACACACCACCCGUAUCUCCUGGAAAUGCUUCUAGCUCCAGACAUUCGACAUGAAAGAAAUGUGAUUUUGCAGUGUGUUCGAUAUAUCAUCAAAAAAGACUUUUUUGGACUUAACACUAAUUCUGUGAAAGCUGAAGAUGUGUAAAUGCCUCGUGUUUCUGCACAGCAAGUGAAGCUGUGAGAGAGCUCCGUCCUUGAGUAAACAGAGGAAACCAACAACUUCUAAAGACAGGAUCAGAAAUUAAACUGUAAGACAAGUGGGAUGCUACAUUGGAUUUUAAGUCUGUCUUUUGGCUUUAUGCAAAUAAAUGCACAGCUGGUCUUUUUAAA